CGCCACCAGGGCGUGACACGAAAAACGGGAAUCGUGCGUAAAAAUUCGAGUGACCCCUCGUACAGUUGUUUAGGUCUUUACGCAUUACGCGCGAAGUGUCGGGACAGCCCUCUCCACCCGUGCGCCUCGCGGAGCGCAGUUGCCAUCCGUUCAUUCGCUAUAAUGCGUCCGACCCACUGAUCUUUUGCAGACUGUAAUCUUAUCAGUGUCAAACCGUAGUUGCCCUUUCCUCUCGGACAGUUGGAUGACGUUUACGCCAUUUUUUUUAUUUGACCGGCCUUUAUUUACGGAAACUUUUUUUUAUCGGCCAAGCAGUCGGCUACAUUUACAGAUACAGGCACGUUUGAAUGUGUAACUAAAAUGACCAUUUGACCGUUUUAACAUUUCGACCAAAAGAAGACAUGGAAUUUGCAAGUAAAGAAAGGAGUCUUUUAUACUUACUUGUCUUCGCAAUAUGCACUGCCAACGUUUGCUUUUGUUCAAGAAGAUCAAACGCACGGAGAUCUGACCGUCUGAGUCCUCCUUUGGACAUUCAGCUGGAGACAGUCAACUGCACAGCCUUCAGCGUGCGAUGGAAAAUGCCCCGGCGCCAUGUCAGCACCAUCACUGGCUAUAAGGUCUUCUACACAGAGCUGCGGAACAACCGUCCUUUGAGUUCAUCCGCCUUUCUGGAGGUGCCGCUCAGCUUGGACAUGCUGACCACUGGCCAGUUUGAUGGACAAGCAAGCUUUGAUGUGGACAUCAGUAACCUAAAGGUGAACACCGAGUACAGAGUCAGUGUCGGGGCGUAUGGCUGGGCAGGCGAAGGGAGACCCAGCAUGCCCCGAGACAUCAGCACUGCGUCACAAGAGAUGUGCAUGCCCCCAUCGCCCCCCACCCAGCCUGUCGUCACGGCUGUAUCUGACACAGAGCUUGCGUUGUCAUGGAAACAAGGAGAUAGUGAGGGUAGCGCACCUGUCCUGCACUUCCUGGUGGCUUACAUCAGGCCAGAAAUGGACACAGAGUGGACAUAUAUCCGUGAACCCAUUGAGGCUAACUCCAUGGUGCUGAAGGGGUUAAUACCAGACACCGAGUACCAGUUUGUUGUGAGGGCUGUCAACGUGCACGGAGUCAGCCCGCCAAGCCACAUCAACAACCCUGUGCGCACCCAGGGCACAUCAGAUGCUGGCAGCGGAGAUUACGGGCAGCGUUACAUCACAGAUUCCAGGAUCACAGAUGACGAUAGCUUUGACAUUGACGACUCUGACUACGAUGUCUUUAUUGAGGAGCUGAAGCCGUUCCCAGGCAUCAGCGAGGACAACAGGAAGUCCCAACUUCGUUCUCGCACCGGUCCGUCAUCUGGUCGGAACGUCGUUUACCGCAUGAACACCAUCGCUCCGAAAACCGUCCCAGCCACCACAACUUCUUCCACCUCCUCUGUCGUGCCAGACUUUGCAGAUCUGGUCUUCCCAACCACACCAGAGCAGAGCACCAUCUUUGCCAUCACGACAACUGCCAUCCCUUCCACAGCCAGCUCCACUUUACCCCCCACCACCGCCAUCCCCACCAUGUCCCCAUGGAAGGGCGACGUGCCUCGCGUUUAUGACCUGACCUGCGACGACACAGUGUGCCCCCCCGACAGCUUCUGCCUCAGUGACUAUGACAGUGGAGGCUCGCGCUGCCACUGUAACCUGGGACGAAGAGGGGACAUUUGCUCUGAAGCAUUACUGGUGAGCUUUCCCAGGUUUUAUGGCUACUCACACAUGACCUUUGAACCCCUGAAGAACUCCUACCAGACCUUUCAGAUCACAGUGGAGUUCAAGUCAGAGUCCGAGGACGGCUUGCUGCUGUACUGUGGGGAGAAUGAACACGGUCGUGGAGACUUCACCUCUUUGGCCCUGGUGCGGGGCAAGCUGCACUACAGGUUUAACUGUGGGACAGGGGCUGCUCAGAUAGUUAGUGAGAGUCGUAUUGUCGUGGGCCAGUGGCACACGGUUACCAUCUUCAGAGACGGCAUGAGUGGCUGGCUGCGCAUGGACAAUGACACCCCCAUAUCUGGACGCUCACAGGGCCAGUACACCAAGAUCACCUUCCGCUCUCCGCUGUAUGUGGGCGGGUCUCCAAGUGUCUACUGGCUGGUCAGAGCGACAGGGACCAACCGAGGCUUCAUCGGAUGUGUUCAGAGUGUGACCAUCAACAACAAGGUGACAGACAUCAGACCCUGGCCUCUGGGCAGGGCCCUGAGUGGGGCUGAUAUAGGUGAGUGCAGUGACAGUGUCUGUGACCUGGUCACCUGUGCCAACGGAGGUGUCUGUUUUGCCAACCGUGCUGACGGCUACAUCUGCCUGUGCCCGCUGGGCUUCAGGGGCGUGCUCUGUGAAGAGAGUUUCUCCCUGUCCUUGCCCCUCUUCAAUGAGACCGUGUUUUCGUACGCCGUUGUCCCGUGGCCUCAGUCCUCCCAGAGCUAUCUGUCAUUCAUGGAGUUUGAGCUGACGUUCAGGCCGUCGAAGCCCGACGGGACGCUGCUGUACAGCGAUGAUGCAGGCAGCGGUGACUUCCUGGCAAUCAACCUGGUGGAUAGUUAUGUGGAGUUCAGAUUUGACUGUGGCUCUGGAGGCUCUGUGAUAAGGAGUCAAGAGCAGAUUAGUAUGGACACAUGGCACGAGUUGAGACUGUCUCGGACAGCAAAGAGUGGUAUCCUACAGGUGGAUAACCAGAGGCCCAUGGAAGGAAUCACUGAGGGAGCCUUCACCCAGAUUAAAUGCAGCUCUCCUCUCUAUAUCGGUGGAGUACCAGAAUAUGAUAAAACCAAGGUUACAUCGGGUGUACGUCAGCCCUUCACUGGAACAAUUCAGAAGUUGGUGCUCAAUGACCGCACCAUCCCAAUAACAACUGGUACUGCUGGUGGGAUUAAUGUUGCAAAUGCAGCACACCCCUGUGUGGACAGCCCCUGUGCAAAUGGUGGGACCUGCAGGCCAAAAUGGGAUGGAUACGAAUGUGACUGCCCCCUAGGGUAUGACGGAAGACACUGCCAGAAAGAAUGUGGAAAUUACUGUUUGAACACUGUGACUGAGGCCAUUGAGAUUCCACAGUUCAUUGGCCGAAGCUACCUGACUUAUGACAAUGGAGAUAUGCUGAAAAGGGUAUCUGGGGCCAGGAACAACCUCUUCAUGCGUUUUAAGAGCACAGCCAAAGACGGCCUGCUGCUAUGGCGAGGAGACAGUCCAAUGAGACCCAACAGUGACUUCCUGUCUAUGGGGCUUCAGGACAGUGCACUAAUCUUCAGUUAUAACCUGGGCAGUGGUGUGGCAAGCAUCAUCGUCAAUGGGUCCUUUAGUGAUGGAAAAUGGCACAGAGUGAAAGCUGUGAGGGACGGCCAGUCAGGAAAGCUGACAGUGGACGACUAUGGGGCAAAGACAGGCAGGUCGCCUGGCAAAAUGAGACAACUCAACAUCAAUGGGCCUUUAUAUGUUGGUGGCAUGAAGGAGAUUGCACUACACACAAGCAGACAGUACAUGGGAGGCUUGGUCGGCUGCGUUUCCCACUUCACGCUCUCCACUGACUACCACGUAGCGCUAGUGGAGGACGCUGCUGACGGCAAGAACAUCAACACCUGCUCCAACUAGAAACUGCCCUGAACAGGCAAGGUUACAUAUUUAAGACCAUCUCCAACUGGAGAAAACAUCUUCAUCAGCUGAUUUGUCAACUUGAAGCUGAUGUACUAGGGACGAAUGAGUAAAAACUAAACUAAAACAAUCAUGCCAGUUCAGUUUCUACAAAUUCGACGCUGACAGCGUAUCAGCUUGAAGUGGAAAAAAGACCAGCGUUGCUGAGAGUCGUAAGCACAUCUUUGUUUAAGUGGCCCCAAUGUGCAAAACGUGGGUUUUCAUACCAACUCUAACCUGCCAAGAUGUCAAAUGCAAUGUCUGUGUACCUGCUACAUGAAUUGCUCUGGAAAACAGUUUCAACCCAUGGCCACAGCAAAAAAAGACCAAAGUUCAGCAAAGGACAAGUGAAAGUACUGUGUCAGUAUUAUGGUAAAUGAGGGUCUUUGAAAAACCUUUUGAAGGACUUUUUUCAUGGGAUGAUUUUGACCUCAUCUUUAUUUUUUCUACUGUAAAUCAUUGAUUGAUUGCUGGAAGAACCAAAUGAUCCAAUGAAUCAUAAGUUUUUCAUGAACCCGACAAAGUAGACAUAAGUUUCCUCGUAGUAUGUUUUGGUAUGUUUUGGCUGUGUAGGAUUCCUGUUGUUUAUGUCGUGGUGGUCGUGGUCUUUGUGUUGUGAUCCUUUUUGUUCUUCAGUCUGUAGAUAUUUUCUAACAAAGAAUUGUCAGUUUUGUAAAGGUGGCUUGUUUUGGAAGGUGAAGAUCUCAACUGCAUAGCAUAUUUGGCCAAAAAAAAAAAACGGAAGCCAGGUCCAGGUGCUUAAAAAAAAUUUUACUUAAGCGGCUAAAUACAUUCUUUAAAAAAAGACCAACAUGUUUCAGAUUGCGCCCUCUUCAGGGUGUGGAAACACAAAGUAACUUCGUGGAAUUUAGGAGAAUAUUUCUCCUAUUUUUUUGGCCAGUUGUUGUAGUGACUUUUCCCCUUCCAUACGCUCUGGUGGAUUGAGGGACACCAGCUUCCUCUUUUUCUUUGCAUAGCUUUUUUUUCUUUUUCCCUUCUUUCAGUACCCAUAUAACUACUUCAGAUCCCAGUCACAUGAAAAUAUGUGAUGUUUAUACUAUAAACUGGAUGACACUUUUGUGUGUGACAAAUUAUUAUUACAAUUUGACAUGAUGCACUGAGCUAUUUUACCUCAGCCCUUGAGUUGAGUUAUGUUGUAGCUUUGACAAAACAUCAUUUCUUCUGUGUGUGCAUGCCUCAAAUACAAAAUUUGUAUUGUCAAUUUAUUGCUCUCCCAGGCCUAAGCUUCCUGCAAUUAGAGCUUUACUCUAAUGGAUCAUUCUGCGAAUGAUCCAUUUUGUCCAGAUUUUGUAAAUUCUUUUUGUUGUUGUUGUUGUUGUUGUUGUUGUUGUUGCUGUUUUGAAAAUAAUGUUUUACUUAUAACACAAAAGGCAACACUGUACUCCCAAAGUCUAAAGAAGAUUGUUAAUGCCAGAGUUAGCACUUUAUUUGGAUAAUCCAAAGUGGAUUCUCAGCUCUUAGGUGACAGAAAGUACACAGUAUAGAUUUCAAGCAGCACACAUAAAACUACUACAGUAUGGCUACUUUUAGCACAGUUUUGGGUAUUAGUUAAAAUUCAAUAGACUUUUCAUGGCACAUUGUAUUAACUUGAGAAGCUGAGUAUCGGUAUCAGAUUAUUCAAAUAAAUUGUGACUAACCAUGCAAGUUAUUUUGGAGAAGAAAUUGCUAACGCUUAUUUUCAUGGUUAUUUUUUUUAAGACAAACAUUGUGGAACUAACAGCCAAAUACUUGAUUGCAAUUCCAGUUAUUAAUCAUCAGAUUAAAAAUGUAACAUUUGCAUUACAAAUUAAUUUUAUUCAGUGAACUUACAUCUUGACUUAAUUGGGGGAAGGAGAAAGAUUAGUCAUUGAUGUUAAUGUGGUUUGCAGCAUUUUCAUGACAGUUAGCUUGAAAAGCAUUGCAAAUGUGAGGAGCUGUAUCUUAUGACAUGCACCAUGUGACUGUUGAAGGAACAUGGAGUCCACUGAGUGAAAUGAUGCAUCACAAGCUGCAAUGUGGAUUCACCAUCCACUGCACGCUAUAGCACAUACUGAUUUUAUUCAAAAACCAGUCACCACUGAGAGGUGAUAAAAAAAACCCUGGUUGUCUAAUGUCAAAGAAAUUAGGCUCAUUGUAUCAGUGAGUGGCAAAGUUGAAGCAUUGUGAGGGAUUUGAUUAUCAAUUUCACAUACCACAGUAGUCACGUUACAUUGGAAAAUGACAAACUCCAUCAAAGAUACCACUGAGACAAAUACAUUGUUGUUAAAGUUACUUAGAGAAAAGUUUUACAUGUAAUAAGUAUUAUGAAAUCUACAUCUGCCUUGUCCUAUAAUACAAAUUUACAUUACUGCAAAAAAAUAAUGGAUAUGUUUGUCAUCAAAAAUUGCAUUUUAUUUGAACUGAAGUAAAAGGACUGUUCAACUGUGUUUGUAAAGGUCACUUAGUGAGAGCUGCCUGUCAGAAACUAAAUAACCUAAUCUUGGUUUGUCAUGGGUAGAAGUGCAAUGGAUGUCAGCUUUCAUUUGUGCUUAUUGUCCAUAACUCCUGCAUUUUCAUUUGUGAAACGGGUCAAAGGACAUUGACUGAAGACAUGAGAGGCAGUGAUAAAAAAA